CAGGGAUGCUGGAACACCACGCAAGCGUUCCUACCAGGAAAAUGGCCGCCUCUUGUGCCACGACGGCCGCCCUCAACUGCAAUGGCACCCUCAUCGCGAUCGUCCAGUGCAUUGCGUCGUCAUGCGACGUCGUAGCCUUUCUCGACGCGCUGCCACCGCAGGUGCUCGGCGAGCCGCUCCUCGCCUUGCAUGCACUGCUCUCGCGACCUGGCCAGUUCCUGCACGCGUGGCCGAGGCCAUGCUUCCUCGGGCUCGUCGACGACGAAGAGGCGCUUGCGCAGGCCGCCUUGCCCGCUUACGAGGCCUUUGACGAAUUUUUGGCAGCCAGUAUCUCGACCGACCCCGGCACGUUUAGCGCCUUUUUGUCUUUAUGGGCACACAAGAUGACGGCCAUCGACCUCACGUGCAGCGCCAACCUCAUUAACGAAGCGCUCUGUCAAGCACUUCGCCGCUGCACGCGCCUGUGCGAGGUUUCGUUGGACUCGUCGCCAAUGACGCCCCAUGUGUUUCAAGCGGUGACGACGGCCGCCCAUCACGUGUCCAGACUCACCGUGCAGACGGCGCGCGGUCAUGCUUUUGACUGGGCCCCGCUUGUCACAUCGUGGCUUGCAAGUGGCCACGCCCAGCACUUGGGUCUGUGCCAUGUUCCAGUGCCUACCGAUGCCCUCGCACGCGCCGUCAGUCGCACGUCGACACUGCGCAGUCUCGAGAUCCGAAUGUCCGAUGACUUUGUCGUACAGCUACUCCGUAUUGGCGAGUCCCUGCACCACCUCACGCACUUUAGUGUGGAGACCAAAGCACCCAUCCACCUAGUGCGCAUUCUCCAUCUCGUUAGCCUCCGGUCGCUAUCGUCCAUUGCGCUCUCGUGCAACAUGCCGCUGAAUCCUGUCUUCCACCAACUGUGUCGCUCGUCUGUGCUGGAAGAACUCGAUUUGCGGUGGUGCUCGCUCACGGUUGGCAGCCCUGACGUCGGACACUGGCCGCGUCUCCGUCUCGCUCAGUUCGAUGCUGUAAACUUCAGCCCCGAGGUCUUUGACAACGUCGUGGCGAAUCUGACGUCCUCGAACGUUCUGGAGCGCGUGCACUUUCUAGAGUGCAGCGUGCUUUCGACCAAGAUGAACGUCUUGGGGUCGGCGCUCGUGCACUGGAUCAACCGUGGUCUUCGCGCCUUGCGUCUCGCAGACGAUCGUUUCGACGACACUUGCGCGGCCGUGCUGGCGACGGCCCUCCGCCAAGCCUCGAACACAGCACCUUUCACGCUCUCUCUGAACGAGAACGAUCUUACGCUGGAGGGCGUCACCGACCUCCUCUCCGCUCUCGCAUCGUGCGUGUGUGUGCGCAUUGAGCUCAAUGCGACAGAGAACCUCGGAGGACAUACGGACGAGCUCGUCGCGGUCGCCACCCGUUUCGGUAUCAAGGCGAUCUGCGGCCAAGACGUCUUCGAAUUCUAUAGUCCACUUGCGAUUAAAGUCUAGCAUUGAGUUGAAGACAAUAUGUGUACACCGCCAU